UUGGCAUUUUUAGCAAUUGUACUCAGUAGCUGUAAUGCUGGUAUCCUACAUGACAACAGUCACGGAAGCCUCUCUGUCCCACCACCGCCACCACCACUAAAUGUUCUAAAUCCGCCUAACUCAUUUUCCGCCUCCUCGAGCUUCUCUCCAAGCAGUUUUCCAUCUGGAUCUUUACCUUCAGCUACGUUCUCAGGUCAUGGAUCCAUCGGUGGUGGUUUCUCGUCCGAAUCUUUUGAGGGACAUGGUAUAGGUUUCGGUGCAUCUGGAGAUUCCGGGCCCAUUCUUGGUGCAGCAAGUUUACCUGGUGCUACUGGAGUUAGUGGACCAUUGGGAGGGCCAUUAAGCGGACCUUUGAAUGGACCAGGACCUUUCCUAGGAUCUUUGGUAGGAGGCGAUGCCCCACUUGCAGGUCUUAGGGCGCCCGUCAUCAAUGAAAUCCACGGUCUUGCCAACAGGAACGGAGCCCCAACUCAAUAUCGUGUACGCGAUGAACCCUAUCAAGUUCUGCGUCAAGUUACACACAGAGUACCUCAGCCCGUACCUGUGCCUGUUCCUCAACCUGUUCAAGUGCCAGUCCCGCAACCAUAUCCCGUUCAAGUGCCCGUCGUUAGGAAUGUUCCAGUACCGGUGCUCCAGGUUCAACAUGUGAAGGUGGACAGACCAGUGCCUUACCCAGUAGAAAAAAUCGUCAAAGUACCAGUCGAGAGAGUUGUUCAAGUUCCGGUAGAUCAUCCGGUGCCAGUGGAGAAGAUCGUUGAAGUCCCCGUUGUUAAGCUGGUGAAGGUACCAGUACAUGUGGUGAAAACUUACCCCGUCCCGGUAGUAAAAACAGUCCAUCACAAGGCGCACGUUAGUCACGGACACGGCUAUGCACCCGGAUUUGGACACGGCCAUAGCUACGGCCACGGACACGGCUGGUCGUUGUGGUGA